AUACGACUCUGCAACAGCAAAAGCUCUUGUUGGGCAAAAUGUAAGGAAUGCAUUAGCGGAGGAAUUCCCUUUUGCCGCAUGUUUUACGGAGCGUUUGCCUCAAAAUCAGCUGGUGCCAAUUAAAAUUAUGUGUACUGGUGCGCUCUUGACAAAACGUCAUGUCUUAACUGCUGCACAUUGUACUGAAUAUAAACCAAAGAACGAAGUACAAAUAAUAAUAGGAUCGAUACAUUUACUACAAGGUACAAUAUAUUAUCCUUCGUGGUGGAUCACCUUUAAUCAGUGGAGUGAACACAGACGAAAACAUCUUCAAUUUCGCGUUAAUGAUAUAGCAGUUACAAAAUUAACUUCAGAUGUGCCUGAUACAAUCAUUCCUGCCACUAUUUCCGCUCUAUCAAACGACGAUUUAUAUGGUCACGAGGUUGUGGUAAUAGGAUGGGGAAUUUCAAAUAAUCAUGUUGCAUCCAUGACAUUGCAAACAGUUAAUUUAAGAGUCUUAUCGAUUAAUGAUUGUAAGAGUAAACUUCGAAGACUAACUGGCGAGAGAAUUGGUUUUCAAGGUAGAAAUUUAUGCACAGCAGCAGAUCCAUACGCACUAAUACAACAUGGUGACAGUGGCGGCCCACUUUUAUAUGCAAAUACGAUUGUAGGUGUGAAUAAAGCAACGAUUCCAUUUCCUGAUCAACCUUUCCAUCCAGAAAAAUUGAAUGUUCAUACUGGAAUAGAUUUCUAUAGACAGUUUAUUUUAUAUGUCAUAAACGAUUACUUUAUAUGGUUUUAAAUUAUUAUCUAUGAAAAAAUAAAUUUCUAUAUAAUU